UCUCUCGCUCUCGGUCAGCUCAAUGUAUGGACAGCGAUUUGAGGGAACUACGGUCGACUUCUCAGAAAGGGGUAAAAGUUCAUCACAGUAGAGGAGAUCGUUUUGGGGAUUUUGCGCGUUUGCGAGAGGCGCAGGACGACCGCGCAGCGACAGAACAUGUGUUGGGUCGGGGCUAGCCAGUGCUAGCUGCUCGGCCAGCGCUCACAGUCUAUGGCUACACAAAGCUCCCUGUCCCAGGCAGCCCAGCGAAACCUGUUUUCUCCGCCCGCCACAUCUCAUCCGACCACUGACAUGGGGAGUAAAAUGUCAUUCAGCAGUGGAAGCAGUGACCAAAAUACAGUCUCACCUACUGAAAUAACCUCUGUGCCAUGCGAUCCCCUCGUUCCUUGUCACGCUUCUACGGACGGCAAACAGAUAGCUGAAGAGGCAAUAUGUAAAGAAGAUCAGAGAACGAAGGACAUAGAAGUGACCCAACCCCAUUCUGAUUUGCGCUCAUCAUCUGGCCGACUAGAAUCCGAAGGUCUUUUUCAUGCUGAAAAAAUAGGUGAAGUUAGUUGGCCAAACCGAGAAUACACAAAGCCACAGACAGCAAUGAAAGGAAUUUCACGAAAUACACAAGGGAAUCUUAUGACUUCUGCAACAGACAUCCAACAGAAACCUAUGGAGGUCCGCAGAAAACCAGGACGCCCUCCCAAGAAAAAAAGGAGGCUGCUUCAUGCUAAGAUAGCGCAGGAUUCUGCAGGUCUGGGUUCAGUUGAACAGAAAGUGUGCUAUAAUACAAAGCCUUGUGCAAUUAACAUGAGCCCUUUGCCAUCUUGUCUCAUAAAUAACAACAAUGGUAAAAGUCUUGAACCUAAAAAUGUGGACAGACCAAUAAUCUGUGAGCCACCCCAAAAUGCGGGGUGCAGUCUCGUCUCUGUCUCUGAUGGUAAACCAGAGGAUAGUACACUAACAGUACUAAAAAGGAAAAGGGGGAGACCCAGAAAAUCAUCAAGCACGACACCUAAAGAAAAGACAGACUCCAGUGCUUUCAAGGAUCCUGCUGCUGGAGAUAGUGGUCCUGCAGGGAGACUGAGGAGUAGAAAAGAACAUCAGCCUCUCACUCCAGAGGGAAAUGUAUUGUCAGAAGUCAAAGUAGACCCAAAACAGAGUCAAACAGCUCAGUUAGGGUUCCGUGCAAAAAAUGUGAAUAAAUCAAACCCUCGGCGCAUUAAAAGAGGGAGGCCUAAGUUGUCUGAACAGCAGGUUCCUGCUAAGGUUUCCAAAUUUGCUGUUGAACAGGAGGCCGCAGCAGCGUUGAGCAAUGACAAAGGCUGUGUAGAGACAGGCAAAGAGGAAAAACAGUACACUGCUCAACAGGAGGCUGGUGCUAGUAAAAAAGUAGCGCAUUUACACCCCAAGCCUGGAGUGAGGAGGCGCCGCAGAAGAAAACAUAGGCGAGGCACAUUACCACAGAAGAGAUUGCGUCCCAUGUUGGCAUCUGAGUCUACUUCCCAAUGUGAUCCUCCACAAUCGGAGCCCGAUGUAAGCGUGGCGUGCCCCGCAGAAAGCACUGAGCCAAAAACGGAGCCGUCAUUGGAACCAAGUGGCAACAAUGAACCCAAGUCCCAAACCAUUAUUGAGUCUCCACAGACCAUAGAGCCAUGUACUAGCCCUGAUGUUAAAACUUCUCAGAAAGAUGAACAACCAUCAAAGAGUGUUGAGCUCUCCGCUAAUGUUAAGACGGAGAAUGUGGAGAUAGAGGUGGAUAAUCACAAUUCCACCUCUGAGUCAAACGGUCAUUCGUCUGUACUGUACAGUGCCAGUACAACAGUAAAGUCUGAGUGUCCCAGUACUACUGACACCAGUGAAAUUCAAAUUGCACAGAUCAGUGCCAGUGAUGAACACCAUGACAACUUUAACCAACCUAAAGAUCAAGAGGAGUCUAGUACCUCAACAGCUACAAAAAAAUAUCAUCGAAAGUAUUUUGGGCGCAGAAGACGCAGAAGAAAAAGAAAUGCUUUGUUACAAAGUGAGCCUCUUGUGGUGCCAAAACAGGGCCAUGAAAGCAGCAGUGAAGCUCAAACGACAGCUGAGUGUGGUGACUCGGAUACAAAGGAUGCUAACUUGGAUUUCAGUCCCACCAAAAGAAGUGGGAAAAUUUUGAAAUGUGUAGACUGUGGUCGCGCGUUUAAAUUUCUGUCUCAGUACAUUAUCCAUCGGCGUAUCCAUACAGGAGAAAGGCCCUUCAAAUGCCAGGAAUGUGGCAAGGGUUUCAGCAAGAAUUCGAACCUAAAUCUUCAUCUCAAGACACAUUACCGAAAGGCUUAUCAAAAACGGUCACAUUUUAAGAUCAAAUUCUCUGGUUCGGAGUACUCUUCUCAUUUGAAGAUGCAUUCACAAAAGCUGAACCACGAGGUUGAGAAGCGUAGGCCGGAUAAACAGAGCAGAGAUGAUGGCGGCCUUCAGGCCCUUAUUUCAUUAGGCACCUCAAUGAAAAAAGCUGUCAAACAAGUGUGCCAGUAUUGCGGGAAGACUUUUCCCUUUCGGUCCACACUUUUAAGACACGUGCGUGUCCACACUGGGGAGAAGCCAUACAUAUGUGAUAUAUGUGGGAAGGGCUAUGGCCAGGCUUAUUUUCUUCGCGUUCACGAGUUGACACACUGGCACGUGAAGCGCUACAAUUGCACUCUCUGCGGGAAAUCAUUCACUCAUUAUAGUAAUGCAAAAAACCAUCCGUGUAAAUUUUUAAAGGACAACGAAUGUGUACAAUCUAAGCGAGCAAAGCCCUCCCUAUCAUACACAUGCCACAUCUGCAAGAAGACUUUUUUCCAGUUGCAAGAGUUUAAUAAUCACAUGAAAGCCCAUUCUGGCGCAAAGCUUUACCGCUGUUUGUUGUGUGACAAACUUUUUGGUGUGUUGUCAGAAUUCAAUGCACACUGCAGUCAGUGCAACAAAGCCAGAAGAGAAAGUGAUAUUCCAGGUUCAGUGGUCAAGACCGAAGUAAAAUCGGGAUCAUUACAAUACUCACUCCUUAAUGUGCAUAGAUAUUCGUCAGGACAAGACUCAGUUUCCCCUGCUGCAGUGAAUUCUGAAACACAGAAAAUGGAUUGUCACACACCUUUACUAUCUUCUCAGACACAUCGCAAGAAACCUGUUGCUAACUCAAAGAAACCUUUCCAGCCUGUUGUAUCAUCCCAGCAUCUCUCAUCCCUUGUGUCAAAGUUUAACAAUCUAGAUGACAGAUCCGACCCCCGGAAAUAUUUUUGCCCAAGCUGUGGACGGCUGUUCCGUCACAUGGGACGACUGCGAGCUCACAUGCUAACUCAUGCCCGCAAUCAAAGUUACACCUGUAGCUGUUGCGGAAAGACUCUCGAAAACUGGAAGAAACUGUGGUUUCACCAGAGGAUCCACAGGCAGAGGCAGGGUCGUUUCACUUGUCCUCAGUGCGGCCAAGGUUUUCGUUUCAUAGGACCCUACAAAAGGCACGUGACUGAGCACACAGAUUUCCACUGGGUUCAGGUGAGGUCUAAGAAAUCGUCCCUUCCUUACCAAUGUGAGCAGUGCAGUGCCAGCUUUAAGACACUAGAUUUACUGUUCGAUCACCAGCACUGCCAUUCAUCAUCACAGGAUAUGCACAGGGAACCCGAUUAUGAUGUGGCAAUUGAGGAUCACAGUGCGUAUUCGAACAGGAAACGGCUCAACCCUCCUGUGAACAACCGAGUCAAAAGCCUCCGUCCUGGAGCUCAGCGUAACAGCUUCUGCCCUUCCCCAGCCCCACAAACAGAUAAUUCCCCUGAAGGCUCCUCAUCAAAAUAUGCAGACGCUGUUCCACCAGAGUCAUCCCAGACUGUCUCGCACCAGGUUUACGUAGCCCAGCAUGAGAGACGUGACUCUUGUAAACCUGUCCAGCAGGCCACCAGCCCAAUCUCAUCCCAAAAGAUGGACGCAAAUCCCGACAGCACAGAAGAGAGAGUGCUUGGAAAGCAGGUCACGACUUUGAAAACUGCUAAAAAGCAGGCUAGCCCAGAUGUUCUCCAAUCAAAGGAGUCUUCUGAAGGCAUAAAGUGUGCUGUGUGUGGAAGCACGUAUCUCGCUAUUUCAGACCUGUAUCAGCAUUAUCUGCAACAUGCCAGAGGACAGCUGUAACGGACUAAAAGGGUGAGCGUCUGUCCCUUUAUGAAUUUAUAUCAACCUUCUUUUUUGACAAUAUUGUUUGUUACUUGGUUCAGCCGUGCUCAGAAAAAAAUGGAAUGAAAAUGUCAUUGCAAUGUGUUAAAAUUGUUUAUUCAACCAGCUGUAUUUUCUUCAAGCUCGACCCUUAAUCUAAAUUUGUUUGAAGACAAUAAUAUCAUAAACAACAGAUUUUCUAAUUUUGGUUGUCAAGACAUGAGCUGGGGCACAUAAAGCAUCUAUUGAAAAAGAUACAGAAAAAAGGAAAUAUUGCUGAUAUAUGCUGAGGAAGAAAUUAUUGUAUGCUAUAAUCUUGGAAAAAGUCAAAAGAUUUUGUGUAGAAACCGUUAUUAUGAAAUUAUCACAGGAAGUUGUGUUCAACUUAUGUUGUUGCCUUACAAAUUUUGCGAUUUAUGAUUUCGUAACGCCACAUUUUCCUUUGUCUUAAACCCCCGAGUGGUGUUAGUUGUUUUACUUUUUGCAUUCUAGCAUACAUUAUGUCACCGUGUCCUGAAUAUACACUAAUUCAGUGUAUAAUUGGGGUGAUUAUAGUAUUUGACUUGAUGUGCAUUAAUAUCAAGUCCAUGUAGGCAAGUUACACAUACACUACAAUUUUAUUAUGGAAUCCCAACUGUUCAGAGAGGCUCCAUUUCAUUGUGUUCUGGUUUACAAUAAGGACUUGUGUUAACAGACGUAGAAUGAAUACAUCAAACUGUCUUCUGGCAUUUAUGUUCCUUCCAAGCUAUCACAAGGUGGAUUUAUUCUGCUACUGACUCGUAAUGACGAUGGCAUCAGCAAGUCGGGCAGCACGGUGGCACAGUGGUUAGCGUGGUUGCCUCACAGCAAGAGGGUCCUGGGUUCGAACCCUGGGGUUGUCCAACGUUGGGGGUCGUCCUCAGUGUGGAGUUUGCAUGUUCUCCCCGUGUCUGCGUGGGUUUCCUCUGGGUGCUCCGGUUUCCUCCCACAGUCCGAAGACAUGUAGGUCAGGUGACUCGGCCAUACUGAAGUGUCCCUAGGUGUGAAUGUGUCGGCCCUGUCGAUGACCUGGCAGCCUGUCCAGGAUGUCUCCCCACCUGCCGCCCAAUGACUGCUGAGACAGGCUCCAGCAUCCCCGCAACUUCGCUUGGGAUAAGCGGCUUGGAUAAUGGAUGGAUGGAUCUGCGGGUUGAAAUUUAACGAUGCCACAUGAUAUUGCAUAAAUGAUGCCGACAAAUACACAUUCCCAACCUGGAGCACUGUAGUAAAGAUUUAAUUAUCGUUGACGGGAUUCAAAUGACUUCACUUUCCUGCUUCCAUUUCAGGCUGCCUUCAGUCAUGACCUCAUUCAGAAGAGAUGGAAUCAUGUUUGUGUUAAACGGUUUCUGUGAGGCACUGCAUUGUAUAUAUUUAUAUGCGCAAACGGUUUGUAUAUGACAGCAAUAAAGGUCACU